AUGGCAUCCCCACGAGUUGUGGAGGAACAAGUUACGCCGGAUGAGACGACCCGAAUUGGUGAGCAGCCACGUGAGCCACAGCGGGAAUGGCAUGGCCACCAGGAGCAGCAGAAGGAGCAGCAGCAAGAGUCCUCUUCCACGUCCUCACCACAAGAUACUACCAUAGGAGGACCACAACCGCCACGAGGGAAGGAGAAGAAGAGAGUCGGGUUCGCCAGCGACAAGCAGCCACUGGAUAACGUUAGCACACCCGGCAGCCCGUUUCACAUCACACCCAGCGAGCCGCUCAUUGAUGCCCCGGAUUACUUCUCCUACGCGCCGUCGCCAUACAGCAAUGGCUCGACCCCCCUGCACAGUGAGAACUUGACUCGGAGGCCUUCCGUCGAUGAGGCCGAGCUUGCUGCUGCCGUUGCACAAUAUUUCGAAAGCGAGCAGUCGAGAGGCCAGCCCGGACCAAGCCGACCCCGUCCCGUGCUUCGCAAGUCGACCGCACUCCCAGCUUCCGCCGAUAUGCCCACAACACCUCACAAAUCAGAAGUCGAGGCCAAGAACAGGGCCGAUCGCCUCGCCUACUCCGUUGGCACCUCGUCCGUCCCGGUUUCUCGGAGAAGCUCGGCCGACUCGGGGAACAGCCACGUGGACCAGCAGAGCCUACUUUCCGUGCCCGCUACGGCCCAGGAUCGUGGGUUUCGACGAGACUCGGAUUAUCUUCAACCGCAUAAGAGCGGGCAGUUCGAGGCCGAUCAGCUCGUCAGGACUCACCGGCGCCAUAAGAGCCCACUGCUCAACGCGUUCCUCCCCCCAAAAUCGGGCACGGUGACGCCUGUGGAGCAUGAUGUGGAAUACGUGCCCGCACCGCAUGCCUACCGUGGCGGCAUCUUGGGCACACUGCUCAAGCUUUACAACGCCGAGGACAGGCAUGGCGGUUCGUCGCCUAUGGACCACAGCGCUCCGAGUACGCCUGGGAGCUCACCACCGGCCUCGAGAUCCACCACGCCCAAACCCGAACGUCGCCGGCCAUGGAGGACGCAUUCAUCGAGCACCCUCACAGGCCUCAUGGAGUCGUCGUUUAUGUUUGCUGCACCAGGGUCCACCAAGGACAUGACCGAAGCUAUGACCGAGAAGGUGAAGAAGGAGACAACCAAGCCCAAGAAACACUCUAAGUCCAGGAAGAAGUCGGACGAGUACCGUAUCAAGGUGCAUAUUGCCGAGAUCAUCAGCCGCCACGAAUAUCUUUUGAAGCUCUGCAAAGCGCUUAUGAUUUACGGCGCUCCGACCCACCGUCUGGAGGCGUACAUGAGGAUGUCUGCCCGUGUCCUUGGCAUCGAGGGCCAGUUCAUGUAUCUCCCGGACACCAUGAUCAUCUCCUUCGACGACAGCAACACUCACACGACCGAAGUCAAGAUAGUGCGGGCCGGCCAAGGGCUCGACUUUGGGCGACUACGGGAUGUCCACGAGAUCUACAAGGAGGUUGUGCACGACCGCAUGGGCGUGAAUGAAGCUACAGCUCGCAUAAACGAGAUCAACGCAGCGAAGCCCAAAUUUCCCGUAUGGUUGCGUAUCUUGCUGUACGGGAUCGCCUCGGCCAUGGUCGCGCCGUUUGGCUUCGAGGGACGGUACAUCGACAUGCCCAUCUGCUUCAUUCUGGGUUGCCUGGUUGGCUUCUUGCAACUCUACCUUUCGCCGUCAAACGAGCUGUACGCCAACGUCUUCGAGAUCACCGCGGCGGUGAGCACCUCGUUUCUGGCCCGAGCCUUUGGUUCCAUCCGGGGUGGUGAUAUUUUCUGUUUCUCUUCUCUUGCGCAGGCGUCCAUUGCACUGAUCCUCCCGGGGUACAUGGUCCUUUGCGCGAGCUUGGAGCUCCAGAGCCGCCAGAUGAUCUCUGGUUCUGUCCGUAUGGUAUAUGCGUUGAUCUACACUCUUUUUCUUGGUUAUGGCUUUACCAUCGGGUCGGUUAUCUAUGGCUACAUGGACAGCAACGCUGUCAGCGCCGUGCACUGUUCGGUCGGUGAGGACUGGUACACGCAGCGGCCACCCGAGAAUUAUUAUCUGCUUUUUGUGUUGCCAUUUACACUUUGUCUCUGCGCUAUUAACCAGGCAAAGUGGAAACAAGUACCAGUCCAAGUCUUCAUCUCCCUCGCGGGGUUCUGUGUCAACAACUUCUCUGCCCGUUUUUUCAAGGGCAACGGUAUCGUCUCCAGCUCCCUUGGCGCGCUCACCAUCGGCGUCCUCGCCAAUCUCUACUCCCGCCUCGGCCGCUACGCCCAGAACUGGCUCCUCGAUGUCUGGGAAUAUCACUUUGAGCCCCGCCUCGUUCGGCUCGUUGGCAAACACCCACGCCAUCACCACUCGCCUUACUACAACUGCCCACCAGUCGGCGUCGACUCGGACGAGACCCUCGCUCACAAGAAGGAACGGGAUCCGGAGCUGGGUACCGUCAACACACCAACUGCACCAUCAUCACCUACAGCAACAACCGCACCACCUUCCUCCAUCGGCCUUAGCCGGCGCGCUCGCCAAAUCGGCUACGGCCUCGCGGCGGCCGCCAUGCUCCCUGCCAUCUUCGUGCAAGUCCCCUCGGGCUUGGCCGCCAGCGGCUCCCUCCUCAGCGGCGUGACCAGCGCAGACCAGAUCGUGCGCAACGAGACGAUCCUCACCAACGGGACAGUGGUCAACGGCACGAUGUCGACAACGACGACGCAAUCGGCGGACUUGAACAACUCGGCCUUUAAUGUUUUGUUUAGCGUCAUCCAAGUGGCGAUCAAUAUCUCGGUGGGGUUGUCGCUGAGCGCGUUGCUGGUGUAUCCGUUUGGGAAGCGGAGGAGUGGGUUGUUCAGUUUUUAA